CCUCGUGCUCCGGCCCACGUGACCGCGGUCGGGCACUGACUAGCGGGUCAGCGUGGCGUAGCCCGCGGUUGCCAUUUCCGUAUUUGGUGCCCAGGAAGUGGGUGACGAGGAUCCCCUAAAGAUAUCAUCACUUCCGGACAGCAGGAAGUAAAUUUAAGAAUACAACAUCUGGGUGGUGGCUUGGGCAGGAUACACGUGGUGCGGUACAAGAUGAUGGAUGCAGAAGUAAUUACUUUGCCAAAGAAGCAUAAAAAGAAAAAAGACCGGAAGCCAUUACGAGAAGAUCAUGUAGCUGAAAUACAACAUGCUGAAGACUUUCUUAUCAAACCAGAAUCCAAAGUGGCUCAAUUGGACACUUCUCAGUGGCCCUUGUUACUAAAGGAUUUUGAUAAGCUAAAUGUAAAGACAACACACUAUACGCCUAUUCCUUGUGGUUCAAAUCCUUUGAAGAGGGAGAUUGGGGACUAUAUCAAGACAGGUUUCAUUAAUCUUGACAAGCCUUCUAACCCGUCUUCCCAUGAGGUGGUAGCCUGGAUCCGACGAAUACUUCGGGUAGAGAAGACAGGUCACAGUGGCACACUAGAUCCCAAAGUGACUGGUUGUUUAAUUGUGUGUAUUGAACGAGCCACUCGUUUGGUGAAAUCACAACAGAGUGCAGGCAAAGAAUAUGUGGGAAUUGUCCGGCUGCACAAUGCUAUUGAAGGUGGCACUCAGCUUUCUAGGGCCCUAGAAACUCUGACAGGUGCCCUGUUUCAGCGACCCCCACUUAUUGCUGCAGUAAAGAGGCAGCUUCGAGUGAGGACGAUCUACGAGAGCAAAAUGAUAGAAUAUGAUCCUGAAAGAAGAUUAGGAAUCUUUUGGGUGAGCUGUGAAGCUGGCACUUACAUUCGGACACUUUGCGUACACCUUGGCUUGUUACUGGGAGUUGGUGGUCAAAUGCAGGAACUUCGGAGGGUGCGUUCUGGAGUCAUGAGUGAAAAGGACCACAUGGUGACGAUGCAUGAUGUACUCGAUGCUCAGUGGCUCUACGAUAACCAUAAGGAUGAGACUUACUUGCGGCAUGUUGUUUACCCUUUGGAAAAGCUGCUGACAUCUCAUAAACGGCUGGUUAUGAAAGAUAGUGCAGUGAAUGCAAUAUGCUAUGGGGCCAAGAUCAUGCUUCCUGGUGUUCUCCGAUAUGAGGAUGGCAUUGAGCUCAACCAGGAGAUUGUGGUCAUUACCACCAAGGGGGAAGCUAUCUGCAUGGCUAUUGCAUUGAUGACUACAGCAGUGAUUUCUACCUGUGAUCAUGGCGUAGUAGCCAAGAUAAAGAGGGUGAUCAUGGAGAGAGACACUUAUCCUCGUAAGUGGGGUUUAGGUCCAAAGGCAAGUCAGAAGAAGAUGAUGAUCAAGCAGGGCCUUCUAGACAAGCAUGGCAAACCCACAGACAACACCCCUGCCACUUGGAAACAGGACUACGUUGAUUACAGUGACUCUGGCAAGAAGGCAGCGGUUGCUGAAGCAGUACCAGCCCCUCAGUUAACUGCUGCUGCAGUAAAAGUCACAAAAAGGAAGUGGGAGAGUGACAGUGAAGGUGACGAGACCCCUCUAGGGGUCCCCCAGGUGAUGGAGAAGGAAAAGAAGAAAAAGAAGGACAAGAAGCCUAACACUGUGCCAGAAGGUGGGGGCGAAGCUGGACAUGGGGACAGUGAUACCAGCAAAACGAAAAAGAAGAAGAAGAAAGUAAAAGCGGUGGAAGAGAUAUCUGAAUAGUAAAAGCCACUUGAAGCAUUAUGUCAGGCUGGGAGGAGAAAUGGAAGCCUUAUUGAGAAAACAUUUUGUUGAGGGAGUAGAACACAGAGCUCUGGGACACUUUCCUUGCCACUUACGAUCUCGGUGGUUAGGGUGUGACCAUCUUGUACUGUCCUGUUCUAAGGCUAUGAGAGAUGAAAAGCAGGUUUUUGCCACUGACCUCUCUGCUUGCUUGAGUGGGGGAACACACCUUCAGACAUGAAACUGCCUAGUCACUGUCUGCAAAUGUUUACUACUGGCCAUUUUAAACAGUGUCAUAGAUGGUCCUUUCCUAAUGUUUGUAAAAAUUAAAUCUGAUGAAUAAAAUGGUAUAGAACUUAAAAAAAAUAUAGCAUCCACAUUCCUAAGAGGUACGGUGGGUGGUUUUUUGGUCAUUCAAUGGGUUAUGGAUAU